CGGGCACGGGCCUCCCCAGCCUGCCCCGCGCUCCUGUCGCUUUUAUUUCUGCCUUCUCGCUGCCUCCGUCCGUGAUCCCUUUCUUUCCUAGAGGCUGCGGCCUCCUCUCACUUUUGUCUUCUUUCUGCUUCUCACUCCCCAUCGCCGGCUCCCUCUGGUUCUGGACUCGCCCCUCCCCCUCCCCACUCUCUUUCUUCCUAGAGGCUGCGGCUGAAUGGAGGGGAGGGGGCAAGUGUAGCCCCAGUCCUAUCUGCUCUUUUCUGGGCGGGAACACAUGGCGGCUGAUGGCUGGCAGGGGCUUACAUCUGGAGGAUCGGAGGAACCAGCGGCCCAUGAAAAAUGGGAGGCCAAGGGACCCAAAAGGAGGCCCAUCUCUAGAAGGGAAUGGAGGAAAGGGGCAGAUAGAGCAAAGGACGGUGUUCGGGUGGGAGAAAGACUGUAGGAGGGGAGGUGAUGUCAGCCUGCCUCAGGCCACUUUCCAGGGACUGGGGACAAAGAGAAGAGACAGCUGGCACGUUUGGACAGUGGGAGGAGGCCUCCCAGAGAGCGCAGCGGUCUCUUCCACCCCCAAUAAGCCAGCCAGCCAUUCCCUCACAAGUUAGCUGGGGCCCUGGAGGGGAAUAGAGCAGGGGUGGCCGCACCCACGUCAGUCGUUUCCUCAGCAGCUCAGGCCUGGGUCCUGCAACUUUGAGGCCUGGAAGUUUGGCCCCACUGGCCAAAAUUCAAACCUAACACUGGGAGGAGCCCUCAGCAGCCCCACCUCCGCUCCCUGUCCUGCACUGUGUUCUGAAUUCAGGCAACUCUAUGCCUUUCCACCUUUCCUUAACCCUGGCCUAGGAUGGGAUUCCUGACUUACUUUCUGCCUGACCCCAGGACUCUGGAAAGGAGAACUGUGAAGGUGAACAGAGGCAGGGAGCCACCCAACUCCCCUUCCCUUUGAGGAGCAUUCGAUUUUUGCUCUAAGACCACACUCCCUGUAGCUCCUCAGAUGCAUGGUAGCUAGAAGCCCCCACCUCAGUGGGCAAAGGGUAGGUUCUCUUUAAGUAGAGUGCUUCUGGGGGUAAUCUGACAGCACUGCUGGCUCCAGAGCCCGCCAGUCAGCUGUCCGCUUUGUAGUUCUGGGAGGCAGAGUUUUCUUUGGUGGGGGGAGUAAUAUUUAUGCUAACCAAAUUCACAGGAUCCUAAUUCAGGUGAUUCUAAUUUUAUUUCACACUUACUGCACCUGACCCUAUGCUAAUCUUCUUUUGGUGCCACAAUCUAAGUCAUGGCCUCGUGCUUGCCAGACAUGCACUGUGCUACUGAGCUACAUCCCCAGCCCCUUCGUCAUGAUUUUUUUUGAUGCAUUAUCUCAUAAACCUUCAUGACAAUAUUGUGAGGCUACUACUCUUAUCCAAAAACACAUUUGGAUACAGCUAUGAAUUUCUACAAAGACAUAAAUUGAGGCUCAGGGGAUUUCAAACAACUUGCCCAAAAACACCCAAUGAAAAAGGAACAAAACAAGGACUCAGUCCCAGGACUAUCUCCUUCUAGUACUUUGAUUUUAGUUCCUUAGAUAGAUCCAAAACACUAAUGUUCUAGGAAGGAAAGUGCAAAGCCAACCAACAAGUUGUGCUAUCUGGUUAACGUAUUUUCUAUCCUUCUAUCCUUUCUAAAAAUAUCCUUUAGAAACCACAAUAUAAUCAGAAAGUAGUUUGAUGACUUUGGAAUGUGGCAAGGAGUCUAUUUCUUGUUAAAACCUAUCUACCAGCAGAAAGAACUGUCCAAGUCACCAUAUACGCUGUCCUACUGACUGAGUAGGACAACCUUCUCCCCACAGGUUGCUGGUAGCCUGCCUGAAGUCUUUAGCUUGAGAUAUUUUACUGAAUUAGUCCACAUGGUUACCUGCACAGCAGUGCCUGGAUAGUUGCUCUCACACUGCUGUGUAAGCCACACAGUCUAAGGUUCAAAUCUACCAGCUGGACCAACUUUAUGUCAUUGGGCAAAGCACUAACCUCUGUCCCAGUUUCCUUUCCAAAAUGAAGAGAACAGUGGUUCCCUCCUUAUAAGGCUGUGAGAAUUAGAGAUAAUGCAAAUGCAAAAGUUUGCACGGUGUCUGGAAACAUCAUUUUGAUGCACUUGGCAUCUGUGACUUGUUACCUGUGCACAUGGCCCUCUAGGUGUGUGCCCCCACCAGAUAGUGGGAACAGGAUGAUAAUAUUUGUUUUUCAUCGGUCUGCCAGCCCCUCUCCAUACACAUACACAAGAGCAGUGAUGGUGAACCUUUUAGAGCUCUUAAUGAUAACAAACAACCCACUGCAGCACACAUGCUAUAAGUUUGCCACUGCUGCAAUAGACCAUAUACUUUUUUCCAUGGAACCUCACCCUCUCUUGGUAGAACUUUUUUUGCUCAGGCUGAGAAUCAAACAAUUGCUCUAGUUUCUGUUUUCUUUCUUACUGUGCCUAGGUGCUCGGGACAAGGCUUGUUUCCUUGGAAUCCAGCUGCUUCAUCUAACCUUUUGCUUAUGAAGGGUAGUAACUGGGAAACAGGGAAGGAGAGGAGAGUCUAUGUAAGGUCUUAGCCACCCCUCAUGUAUUUUGGGAGAAGUUAAUUCAACAAAUGUGUAUGAGGAUCAGUUCUAGGUGAGACCCUGUUGCUCCUUUUGCAGGGGCUAGGAAUACAGCCGUCCGUGUUUUAAUAGGGCUUAAAGUGCAUGGGAAAAAAUUGAUGAUGAUGAUAAUAAUAUAAGGUAUUACAAAAGGGACAAUGAGUAAGACAGACAUGGAGAAUGAGGUGGGAAAAAGAAUGAGGAAAAGGCCUCACUGAGGAGGAGAUAUUUAAGCAGAAGAAAGAUAAAAAGAGGCUGGUCAGAUAGAAUCAGGAGAGGAGCACUGUGAGUAGGGAAAAGAGCACCUAGAAAGGCCCUGAAGCCAGAAAGAAUGCGUUCCAAGAAUGGAAAGGAGAGCACAGGAGAUAAAGACAGGGCCCAAAGGAGCAGUCAAGUCAGGAGUGAGGUUUUCAGCUUGAAGGGAAUGGGUAGCUUGACAAGACAGCUGCAUGUGUGAAGACCCUUACCUUCACUUCUCCCUGACCCACCAGGCCCAACUGGCCCGGGCACUGUACGACAACACGGCUGAGUCCCCGCAGGAGCUGUCCUUCCGGCGAGGGGAUGUUCUACGGGUUCUGCAGAGGGAGGGCGCUGGUGGACUGGAUGGCUGGUGCCUCUGCUCCCUGCAUGGCCAGCAGGGCAUUGUGCCAGCCAACAGAGUGAAGCUCCUCCCGGCUGGCCCAGCACCCAAACCCAGCCUCUCCCUGGCACCCUCUACCCAGUCAGGCUCACCAUACCUGGCCCCAGAGUGUGACAAUGAGGAGCAAGAGGUAUAUGUGGUACCACCCCCAGCACGGCCCUGUCCUGCCACAGGACCUUUGUCUGCAUCCUGCCCACCAUCCCCUGACCCCAUCUACAAGGUCCCUAGAGGCAAUGGAGAUGCCCUGGAGGUCUAUGAUGUGCCCUCCACUGCCCUCUGGACUCCCUCUGAUGACCCCUAUGACUCCCCAGCCUCUUUUACCCGCCCUUUGGCUCCAGUUGCCCCUCAGCCUCCUGGAGAGGAUGAUGCUACCUACGAUGUGCCUUUGGCCCCAAAGCUUCCCACAGAGCUGGAGCCAGAUCUGGAGUGGGAAGGGGGCCGGGAACCAGGGCCACCCCUCUAUGCUGCCCCCUCCAACCUGAAACGGGCAUCAGCCCUCCUCAACCUGUAUGAAGCACCUGAAGAACUUACAAAUGGAGAGGGUGGGGACACUGAUGAGGGCAUCUACGAUGUGCCUCUGCUGGGGCCUGAGGCACCCCCUUCUCCAGAACCCCCAGGAGCCUCAGCCUCCAAUGACCUGGAUACCAUGGCUGGGCUUCUGCCCAGGAGCCCCCCACCCCAACACAGGCCUAGGCUGCCCUCUGCUGAAAGCCUGUCUCGGCGCCCUCUGCCUGCCUUGCCUGUCCCUGAGGCUCCCAUCCCUUCUCCAGCUCCCUCUCCUGCCCCAGGCCGCAAGGGCAGUAUCCAGGACCGACCUCUACCCCCACCCCCACCCCGCCUUCCUGGCUAUGCGGGCCUCAAGGUAGAGGGGAAUGCAGAGGGCAGAGAGGUAGAGGAUGAUCCAGCAGGACCCCACAAUGAGUAUGAAGGCAUCCCAAUGGCCGAGGAGUAUGACUACGUCCACCUGAAGGGUAUGGAUAAAGCUCAGGAAUCUAGGCCUCCGGAUAAAGCCUUUCCAGAGGAUCCUGAGGUGCCAGAGAGGGGGUUGCCGGAGCAGCAGGAAGCCUUUUCCCCAGGGGAGCUGCUGGUUCUGUCCCCUGAAGACCAACAGCUCUUGCACUUCUAUGCAGGGCAGUGCCAGAGCCACUACUCAGCACUACAGGCGGCCGUGGCGACCCUCAUGUCCAGCACCCAGGCCAACCAGCCCCCACGCCUCUUCGUGCCCCAUGGCAAGCGGGUGGUGGUGACUGCUCACCGCCUGGUGUUCGUUGGGGACACCCUGGGCCGGCUGGCAGCCUCUGCUCCUCUGCGAGCACAGGUUGGGGCUGCAGGUGCAGCACUGGGCCAAGCCUUGCAGGCUACAGUGCUGGCUGUCAAGGGGGCAGCCCUGGGCUAUCCAUCUGGCCCUGCAGCCCAGGAGAUGGCACGAUGUGUGGCAGAACUAUCAGGGCAGGCCCUGCGAUUCACCACUCUGCUCACCAGUCUGGCCCGCUGAGCCUGCACUGGCACAACCUUCCCUUUUCUGCCUUCCAGAGCUACCCCUCCAAGUCUUGGAUGGCCGAGCAAUCUGUUUUAGGAAGAGGAUGUCUCCCCUUUUCCGCUCCUUCUGGUCAUCUCAGCUCUCACGGGCAUCUCCUCCCCCUUCCCCACAGCUUUUUGUACAAGCCAUUUUAUAUAAAUUAUUUAUAUUUAAUGUUAUUCCCUGCUUUGUCGGGACAGGAAGGAACUGGAUUUUCCUCUUCAGCCUCAUGGUGCUGCCCUCCACCUCUGAAAGUUUGAUGCACAGAGAAUCAGGUGGUGGAAACUUAGGGCCUCACAGAGCCUCUUAUCCUGCCCCUUGGCUCCAGAACAUCAGCACCACACCAAUAGUUGGGGGGGACAGAGACCUCAACAUUGACUGCCUAGAAUGUGAAGGUCUGGGGACACCAGAGGGCUCCUCCUCUCAGAAGGCUGGGGAGCUGGGCCUCGGGCAUGGACAUGCACCUCAAUAAAGCCUGAGUUCUGGUUCCCUGACUUGAUUCUUGGGAACCUGAUUGGGGCAGGGUGCUCACCACAUCUGUGGAACACACACUGAAAAGAAAUUUUGCUUCUUCAACUAUUCACUGGACUGGUUUGUCAGCUCCCUGUGACAGACAAGGCACAAUUCU